AUGAGUAGCUAUAGUGGGGCGUACGGAUCUCGCGAUCAAAGAAAGGAGAAGUACACUCAAGGGAAGGAAUUCGAUGACGGUACAUUAGAGACGUUAGAAGGUAUAAUCAAUGCCCUCGAGGAUGAGACUGUCUCAAAAGAUUACCAACCUCUGAUAAUGUUCUUCCAAAAAGGAUUUGGUGCUCAAUCGGUACAGGCUUGGUCGUACUAUGCCCAGGUAAAUAAUCAUGGAAAGUUCUCAAAAACAACCACCCUACUAACUAGAACUUUGCGGUCUUUAUCAUCUGAUAGCAGUACGCUGGAUAUUGGAAGCGGUUUUAUCAGAUUGAUAUUGAUGGACUACACCAAAGUUCUUUAUAGAGGGUUAAAUAAUAUGCGUGCGCAAUUAACUAAUCCAAUUCUCCGUCUUCUCAAACAAAUAGUGAAUUUCGACAAUGGCCAAUAUAUCGAAGAAUUAGUGUCAUAUUUCGAUUUUUCAUUAUCUGUCUUACCAAGGCUGUUAUCACCAACAAAGUCUGAGCUGGCAAAUGGCAACUCCUCCGCUAAUUCGCUUAAAAAUGACUCAAUAAGAUUUACAUUUAUCAAAUUCUGGUUAGCAUUAAUUUCAAAUGCUACUCCUUUCAUAAGAAAAGAACUUCUGACCAAAAAUUUUAAGAUUAUGAGCAACUUAUUUAAAUUCAUGAAUAAAGUUGAUUCUGACAAAUUAUGCGAACACGUUUUAUCAGUAUUUGUAAAUGAUAUUUUGAAAGAAAAAUCUUUCAAAAGAACUACUAAAACAAAAAUAUUAAACGAGCUGGCAGCUUCAAAAAUUCAUCAUUUCUAUUAUUCAUCAAACAAGGAUCUGGUUAAGAAAACGAAUGAGUAUUUCCUGACCUUGGGAGCCUCACACGAGUUUAGCGUAGCAUUUCCUGAUAAUUGUGUUUGGUUCAAAAAUUCGGUUACUGACGGAGCCUCUCACGGAGCACCAAUAACGGUUAAUCAAGUGGAAUUUCAAGUUCACAAUAAACUUUUGUUCAAUACUUUGCGCGUUUUCAAACCGUGGGAGGAUACCCUACAAUUGGGUACUUUGAUUAAGAUAUUGGAAAAUGUUCCAGAACUUGUAGCGCCUUACAGCAUCUUUUUGACGACAAAUGGUAAUCAUGACCCUAAAAUGACUUCAUACUGGUUCGGUACAACGCUAUUAAUUAACAAAAUCAUUAAUUUAAAGAUACCGCAAUUUAUGGAGGAUGUGGACAGUAAUAUCCCGCCCUCCACUUCGUUUGUCAUAGAAAACAUUCUGCCUUCCUUACUCACGAAAUCCUCAUUGACAAAAUCUUUACAAUUCGAAACGCCGAUUAUAAGGCAGUUAGCUUGCCAAUCUAUAGUCCUAGCGUUCAAAAAAUUGGAAAAAGUUUCUAUUCUUUAUGAUAAGAAGGGCUGGAAAAAUGAAAAAAUCGUUCUACUCAACAAAUUUCAUACCAGAUUACCAGAUUUACCAAUAUUUGUAUCCACAUUGAACAACACUUUGGCUACUAAUAAAGAUAAUAAAAUUUUACCAUUAUCCAUAUCCAUUAUAUUCAACUAUUACAGUAAAUUAUUCCCUAAUCUUUUCUCCAUAAGUUUACCGUUAUCAAAUCUUUAUACGGAUAUUAUGCGAGAACCUAAAAUUUCCGGGAUAGAAUUCGCCAUUCUUGAUAACUAUUUGCAGUUUCAAGAGUUCAACUCGACUCAAACGAAGUGGUGGAACUCAACUUCCAGCGAGAAUUCUUUGUUCACUCUACUAUUAAGAUUGGCGUCUUCCAAGAACGCUUCCAAUAUAGUAGCCACAAGAAUUUCCAAUUUGCUCGAAGAAUUAACCAGAGCAAACGUCAUCUUCAACCCAUCUUUGAUUUCGCCAGUGAUGGCUUUGGUGAACAGCCUUCAAGGGCUUUUUCUCCAGAAUUGCGAAGCAGGAAGCAUGGAAAUAUUUUGGAAGUGGUUCGAUGAAACCAUAUCUCGCGUAGUAAAAACACCAUACAAGUACGUUGAUUUGGCAAAAGAAUAUUAUCACAUUUCUCCUUUCAUUAUAUGUCUCUCAGAACAAUGGAAAUACGUUGAUAAGAAUAAACAUUCAAAUUUUGUUGACAAGUGGCUUCUACUCUUCUUUAGAAAUAUGAUAUUUAUUGGAGAAAAUCAUACGGGAAUAACCAAACUUGUCGAGGAUGCUUUUCCUGAAAUUAAUGAGCAUGAUUCGAACUUGUAUUUGAAUCUCGAUUCACUUGGAGAAAAUAUUAAAAAGACCAAUAACGCGACCUCUUUAAUUUCUUCAAUGAAGGACUCAUCUUUUUUUCAGUAUGUCUCGUCGCUUCCAUCUAAAGAUUUGACAAAUAUCUCUAGAUUGCCAGUAAACAAAUUGGAUGCAGCAGGAAUCCUUUUUAGAGUUCAGUUAGUUGUAGAAGACGAUUCCGUUGUUUAUGAUAACUGGUUCGAAACGGCUCUUUGUGAAUUAGUUGGCAAGAUUGCUAGCUAUAUGGUGACUGAUACAGAAUUCCCAAUUGUAAAGGUUUUGGAAAGGUAUUUGAAGUUUGCUCUGCCCAAGAUAAGCGUAAAAAAAAAAAGUGUCCUACUAAUGGAAAAAUCGAGAUUAAUGUGCAAUUUGAUUGGCGCAGUAUGCUUGGAAUCAGGCGAACACCUAGGAAAAUUUCAAGAGACAAUACAAGAUGUUGUAUUCAAUAAGGAAAAGAAUGCAGAAUGUCUCAGCUAUAAUGAGUCAUACCAUGAAGAAGAUAUAAACGCUUUGCUGACAAUCGUCAGUGAAUAUUUGAGCACAUCAGUAUUGACUUCUUUGCUUAUGCACACUAUUACACUUAAGUUUUCAGGGAGUAUUUUAGAAAAAGUAUUCAAUGAAGGAAAAACCAUCGGUUUAUCCCACGUGGAAAAUGUGCUAAACAAGACAAUAAACGAGGACUUCGCAAUAAUUAGAGAAGUUAAUUUCUUUUUGACCAAGUUCUUCGAGAAAAACAGAGUUUGUAUUGAUGCCACAACUGCUCCCGAGGGCAAACUUUCACUUUCAGAAACAGCUUAUUUCAUAGAUAGUGUCAUUUCUAAUGAUUUUAAUUACCCAGUGCUAAAAGCCUUCUACAAAUGGGAAAAAUUUUCCUUCCUGUCGUUCAUACCAAACAUUGGGAAGAUUGGGAACUCACCUCUGCUGAGUAUUGCAACGACAACUGCCUUGUCGGGCCAUAUGAAGGAUGAAAAUUUCAGUGCUUUUGCUCACGAAGUGCUUCUCAAGUAUGACGAUGAUAUCGGAAAGUACGCAUCCACUACUACUCUAAAGAGAGAUAUUUUUGACGAAGUAGUAACUAUGAUUACUACUUAUAUUGAAUUAUACGAUGAUACAAAAAAGAACAACAUUUUGGAAUGUGUCUUAGCGCAGAGUGAUCAUAGAUAUCAUGCUGCAACAGUAGAAUAUAUUACUGCGAACAAUGACUUUACUUAUCCAGGAGUGGCCACUUGGUUGAACAAAACACUUCUUUAUGUUACAAAGUACCUCUCAGAAAGAGAAAUUCUUUCCAAAUCCUUCUUUAAACUAUUGCACGCCAUUACUGAUUUGUUCAAGCACGAUAAGGCAUCAAAGAACUUAAAUUCGAAAAUUUUCAAUGCUCAGUUAGAGGCAAUCUUAGGCAGUAAAUGGAUUAAGCACAUUGAGGUGCUUGAAUACAUCAACGUUCUAAUUCUUUGUGUGAAGCCAAAGUCGAUCCAAUCGCAAAGAAUGGUUCAGUUAUUAUUGAACAAUGACAAUUACUCAUCGCUCAUGACCGAAAACAAUGAUGAGAAUUCAUCAUAUAAGAAAUUCUUAAGCACGAUGAUAUUGUUUGCUCUAUUCAACAUCGACCCCGUCGUUAACUCUACUCCAAUCGUUCAAGAGAAGCUCUUGACUUUUUACUCUGGUACUAUUUCCAGUAAUGAUAAGUUAAUCAUUAGAAUGCUAGAAACCAUCGAAUCCGAAGUCGCUAAUUCAUGGACAAACAUGAUAUUUUCUUGGGAAUUUGUUGAAGACGAAGAAGAGGAGGUCCUAGAAGCCGUCGGACACACAAGGUUAAUCGCUAAGGAAAAGGAGGGCUUGAUAAUAACGUUGCAAAAGAACCUUAUUGAGAAAUCGAUUGACAAAUACGUACUAGGAAGGCCUCAAAUUCCCGAGUGCUGCAGUUAUUCUAGUACCGGAAAUUAUGAUGUCACUACAAAAUGGCAUUUGCUCAAGAAAUUUUAUGAAGACACCGAAAGAUCUGGUGUUACUAUGUAUGAUCCAUUAUUUUUGCUGCUAUUGAUAAUUCAUAACAAAGAGCUAGUAAAAAUAACCAAAGGUGAGGAGGGGAGUUUGACAUACAAAUAUGAAUUUGAAAAAUUUCUCGAUUCAAAGCUUUUUCAAUUUAUUAUUUGUUCAUUGGGCGAUCAUGAUACUAUUGCCGAUAUAAGUUACGAGCAUUUGACAAAUUUAGCAGUUUCAUUAGAGAAGAAAAGCACCCAAAUCAAUGUUAAUAAAACAAUCGCUGCCAAGGAUAACGAAGAAAAAGAAGGAAGUAACGCUAUAACCAAAUAUAACAACAUUUAUCAAAUUCUGAUCAAAAGAAUUUUAUACCAUAAGCAACAAAAACAAGAUUCAAUCAUACCUUUAAUUUGGUUUUCUAUCUCCAGGAUCGUUGGCUUACUGAAAAACCAAACUUCGCCGUUACACGAGAAGGCAUACCGCUGGGUAUUAUCAAGCUCCACCAUUCGUGGUUGGGAUAUCCCUAUGGUGUCUGAUGUGAUGAUGUGCUACAAUAAAAGACAACAAGAUGACAGUAAUAAAAAAGAGAUUGAUAUGGACAUUUAUUACGGAGAAUUGAGCUGGGUUUUAGGGACCAUUUGUAAGGGAAUCAGAACUGAUGAAGAUUACAAGAUGUUAGACAAAAAGGGUGUAUUUGAAUGGUUAUUGAAUUUGAUAAAUAUACCCUACUUGAAGGAGAGGUUACGCGGUUUGAUUUAUCUUAUCUUUUACAAAGUUCAAAGGGUGGCGGAUGAUGGCGGUUUGAAUUUAAUUAGUAGGAAUGGUAUUAUUUCGUUUUUGGAAAUCAUAAACGAUGAAAUUAAAUCUAGAUUGCCACAGGAAAAUAUUUUGAACAAUAUCGAUAUCUUACAGAAUGAAAACAAAAAUAAGCUAAACGGUACAUUUGAGCUAGUCCAAGAACAAAAUUGCGUUGAAAAACUGUUAUUAGGCUAUAAUGAACUUGUCAAGUCGCAAAAAAGACUAAUAUUAUGGACCGAAGGAGAUAGUGACAACGUUGUCAAGAGGUUACGUAAAUGA